GAAUAAACAGGAGAAGCAUAAUGAAAAAUUAGAUCCUUUAAUUUCUUUGUUGAUUAAUUGUUGAUGUUAGUUAGUCAUAAUAGAAUUCAGAUGGAUGCCUGUAUUUCCAUGAAACGACAUCGUUCACGCUUUCCUUACUCCCCUUUCCUUCCACCGAGUUCACUCCCAAAUCCCAAUUCUACCGCGAAUUAACGACUCCGAAAAAACAUCAGAGAGGAGUAAAGUGGUGCCGAUGCUUGCCUUGACACUGAAUCUUUGUAAUGCUGAUUGUGUGGUUAUGUGAGCGGCGAUUGCACUCUUGUCUCUUGCCCACGGUUGGAGCCGAUCCUUCUCCGGUAUUGUUCAGUAGGGACGCGAGUGGAUUAUUAUGGUGGUAAGGUAGUGAUGGGAUGGGGUGUUGCCUUGUGGUCAUUAGCUACAUUUCUUAUGCCAUGGGCGGCGGAUACUUCAUUAUGGGCUCUACUUGCUACGCGAGCAAUGCUCGGCAUUUUGCUGAUGGCGUGGCUCUUCCUUGUAUGAGCAACAUGAUAGCAAGUUUAAAAGGCGGUGAAGCUAAAAUGUUGAAGAAACUGUAUAAACCUUUUCUUUUAGAUGGUUCCCGGAGACAGAACGAGCCAGGGCUGUUGGGAUUGCAAUGGCUAGAUUUCAACUUUGGAAAUGCAAUAGGACUCACGCAAUCUCCAAUCCUCUUGUCAAAAGGCAGUCUAUUUGGUCCAUUUGUGAUUUGUGGACUAUCUGGAUUCCUGUGGGUUUUGGUUUGGUUAUCUGCAAUAUAAUGUACUCCUGACCGAAGUUCCCAGAUUUCAGAGUAUGAAUUGGAGUACAUAUUAAACAAGGAGUGGAAAUCUUUUCCCAUGGAGAAUAAAUCCAAGGCAAGAAGAAUAAUCCCUCCUUUCAGGCGCUUGCUCUCUAAGAUGCCAACUUGGUCCCUAAUUGUUGCCAACACCAUACAUAGCUGGGUACUUCACACAUCAUACUUUAAUCUAGAAUCUGUCAUUAAUUUUCCUCUCUUGUGCUGAAUAUGAUGCUUAGAAUGAUUGUACUAUGUGGAAGUCUUUGCUUCCAGUGUCUAGAUUCAGCUCUACUGAGGACGAACACCAUCACCUUCUGGUACUGAUAUUUUGAAACGGUUUUAAAAAAGUCUGCAGGGAUUUUUUGUUAUUCUCUCCUGGAUGCCCAUUUAUUUUAACACAGUAAGGCCAACUUUGUCGCUUUAACUGUGGUUCUCUAUUGCAUUGUUUGCACAUAUUUACUAGAGGAAGAUAUGCUAUAGUGAAUGUUGUGAACAGAUAUAUCAUGUUGACCUCAAACAUGCAGCAUGGUUUAGUGCUGUUCCAUGGAGGGUGAUGGGAUUCAUGGGAUACUUUGGUGGUACGUGGUCAGAUAUGUUGAUACGCAGUGGUAUAAGUGUCACUUUGAGUCGAAAAAUCAUGCAGGUCUCUCCCUUUUUUAUUUUUUUAUAUGAUCAAAAUGCAUAUUUACAUGUUCUAUUUACACAGUCUAUGAUUUUAAUGACCUUGCAGAAGUCUCUCGAUUUAUCAUCUAUAUGUUCCUUUGGAUGCGAAGGGCUUGAAAUAAAAAAAGAAUUCUUUUACUUCUUUUGUAAAGAUUUUGUCAUAUAUUUGUUUAUCAGUCUGUACUUUCUUGUGAUACAACCAGACAUGCUCCAGUAAAAGUGAGUCUUUUCAUGUGGAGAUUAUUCUCUCAGAGAAGUUCUUUGAACACCUCUCUACAUAAAGUAAUUGUGGAAUAUGGUGCUGUACUUCAAAUCUAAUUGUAGGCGCCAUGAAAAUGACUGGAGUCCUGAACUACAUCACGAUUGAUGUUAAUUUUAAGUUCUUUUACUUAUGACUGCAACCAUAUCUCAUUUCUUUCUCCUCUUCUUCACACACCCACAUUUUGUGAAAAAAUAUAUGAAAAUCAAUGUUUGAACUAUAUACUCUGGAAGAUAGGUUUUUGAGAGUUGAGUCAGCAUUUGGUUUCCCUCUGUAUGCCUUAUAUUUUGUUUUCGUUGUCUGUUUGCAUGCAUGCAACCUUGGUUUCCUCAUAAAACUUUUUUGGUGCUGGGAUUGCUCUUGUUGGUUUGACGACUGCUAGAAGUCCCAUCUCUUGCUUCUGCUUGGCUAGCUUUUUUCUGUUGGACUAAAGUUUUUCAGUCAUUCAGGUUUUCUUGUGAAUCUUCAGGCUCAUGUAACGAAGGAUGCAAAGGUUAAGCUGCAAGUCAUUUUUCUCUCUGGUUUUGUCUAAUUUUUUUUCUUUCUAUUUCCAGGAGAUCCACGACAUGAUUCUGGUGUUUUACGUGGUACCACUAACUCUGUUAUAUAUAAUGAGUUUGGUCUGAUUUUACUUGUUCAGGAUAGUACUUGAUAACUUCAAAACAUUAAUUUUAGCGUGGUAUGUUAACAACUGCUCACUGUUUCCUUGUAGGAAUAUUGAAUACUGCUGGAACAUUAGCAGCCAUUGUGGGAACUGUUGGAGCUGGUUUCUUUGUUGAACUAGUGGGAUCUUUCCGUGGAUUCUUGAUGCUCACAUCGCUCUUAUAUUUUCUUGCUGCUCUUUUCUACAACAUCUUCUCCACCGGAGAGAAUGAGUUUUGAUUAAACUGGCCAGUAUCAUUUUUCUCUCUUCUUCUUAGCUAGAUCAAUCUAUUGCUCUCAUGAUUUCCACUGAGCUCGUGUUUUAUUUAUACUUGCUUUCCAACUAUUGUACUGGAGUGUAUUGCUACUGUCUUGUAAAAGCUUGGAAGCACAGUUCGCAGUAACAACAUGCUGGUAUUUGAACAACAUGUUCAACAAGACAAUAGUCAGGCACAACAUUACUAAAAAGGCAAUGUUUGCAUCCCAUCUGCAUACAUGACAUGCAAAUCAAUGAUUGGUCUCCGUUUUUUUAGUUUCUGAAAGUUUUAAUUCUGAACUAUUGAGCUGGUCACAUGAUUUUGUUCUUGUCAUGUUUAAGCAGUUUAAUUACUAAUUUUAGUUUUGUAAUGCAAGUAUUUUUGCUCUUCAGGCCCCUGAAUGAGUUUGAAACCUCUAGCAAUUGCUACCGAAGAGAUAGAGAAGCUCAGGAAUGUUAGAGAAGGUGGUGCAGUGGGAAUUAUCAUCCCCCUUCUAAAGAGAUAGGCUGUUAGUCUGUUUUUUCUUUUCUUUUCUUACUUAUAUAAAAUCAAAGAAUGUACAGUGGCUAUUUGUGCAACUACCUCAGUCUCAAGUAUCCAGAGCUUCUGUUUCAGGUGAAUUGGGGUUUUCAACCAACAAAAUGUAAGAUUUUCAGAGGUAUGGUCCGAGGUUCAUUCACCUGUAUAACAACUCUUCCUUCUCAGUAUGCUUAUUCUCCGAAGAAUGUCAUUCUUCAUCUAUCCUCUGCUAGCCUUUUCAUUAUGAUGCCAUAGCAUCCCAUCGCUUCAUUUCUGAUGUACUCGUAAAUGCAACCACCAUAGCCAAGCAAGGAGACAGCGUUGAGAAUUGGAACUACUAAAAGAAACUAAUUUCUUUCUCUAAGAAAGUCCAUGGUGAAGAACACAAUUCCAUGGCUAAGAGCAACUGAGAUGAUGUCUCAAAACUCUGAAAAAUAACCAUCUGAUAGCUAGUAUUGCUCAGAAUAAAACCGGAAUGUUGUGAGAUGCAGGUAAGCUGUAAUCCUAUCACGUCAAACUUCUCUCAUGUUUUGCCAGAAAAUGUCCUGGCUUCCCUAAUACACUUGGAAAAUAAGCGGAUUCCAUCAUGCUCCCACCCAUGUAACAAUCUUUCAUGGAGGGGGAAGAACUGGGUUUCGGUUGAAGAUAAAAAACUAAAAGCCGACAGAGCAGGCCCUGUGAAACUGCAACAAGUGGUCUCCAAUCUGGUCAUAGUCCGUAAAAAGGCCAAAAAGGGUUUGCUUCCUCGCGUUAACAUAUGACCCACCUGAUCUGUUUUUUUUGUGCAAUACUUCCAGAUUCUAAUCUUCCUGGAGGACAGAUCAGAUCGGUGACUCGGUAUUCUGUUGACCCGGCCAUUCAAUUUAAAUUUCUGAUUGGGACUGUGGGAGAUUACAGCAAUUAUUUAGGUUUACGAAAAACUUUAAAUAAUAUUUUUUUAGUUUAAUAUGAAUGGACUAAUUUGUGUGAUUAAUUUUAUAAAUUUUAAAAUUAAUAAUUAUAUAAAUUUCAAGUAGCAAUCAUAUGAGUAAUAACAGUGUUUGAAAUCAUAAAGAAACUUUAUCCCAAACUUUAAAUAACAUUUUUGUUUGAAUUGGUCGCUGGAAGAAUAGAUCAGGGGACAUGAAAGUCACGAACUCCCUUUAUUUUUUGGUUUAAACAAAAAUCAACUACUUAAUAAGCUCCAAACUGUGAUUGAAAGCCACAACGCAAUCGUACAAGACGGCCGUAGCUCCGAAAAUGAAGAAAGCGUCUUCUCCCCAUCCCCCUUACAUGAACCCAACAAAACAGGUCUCUAGUCUCCAAUAUGAACUAAGCAAGCGCCCUAGCAAAAAUCGUUCUGUCUUGAGCUAUGUCAAAACUGCAUUCAAAAGAGUGGUUGGAGCCUUUACAAGUUUGCUUCCCAGGAAAAGCAAGGCCGACGACAUUGUAACUGAUGCAGGCAAAAGCAACAAGCAAGUCGGAGGGAUAUCCUUUUCAACUGAUCUUUCAACAGGAAGUAAGAGUUCAUCGGUAUUCAAGUCCUCUAGUACCCAUGGAUCUUCCAGUGCCACAAGUGGAAUGGUUGGGGAAGGUGGCUUCUCCAUUCAAGAGAUUUUUAAGAUGACCGAUAAUUUCUCGCCUGCAAAUAAGAUUGGAGACGGUAGCUUUUCUACCGUAUACAAGGGGAGGCUCAGGGAUGGAUCUUUUGUUGCAGUGAAGCGUGCUCAAAAGAACACAUAUGACAAGCGUUUAUUACUGGAGUUCCAGAAUGAAGCAAUUACCCUGUCCAAGAUUGAACAUCUGAAUUUGGUGAGAUUUUAUGGAUACGUGGAGCAAGGAGAUGAGCGAAUCCUUGUGGUUGAAUAUGUUGGCAAUGGAAAUCUUCGAGAACAUCUGGAUGGUAAGAAAGGAAGUAUACUUGAAAUUGCUGAACGGCUAGAUAUUGCGGUUGACGUGGCUCAUGCAGUCACUUAUCUUCACACGUAUACAGAUCCUCCAGUAAUCCACAGAGACAUAAAAGCAUCGAAUGUUCUCAUCACAGAGAAACUCCGAGCCAAAGUGGCAGACUUUGGGUUUGCGAGAUUGACCACAGAAGGUUCUGAUGCUACUCACAUUUCUACUCAAGUCAAAGGAACAACAGGCUACUUGGAUCCUGAAUACUUGAGGACAUAUCAACUCACUGAAAAGAGUGAUGUCUACUCUUUCGGUGUGCUUCUUGUUGAACUGAUGACAGGAAGACACCCGAUUGAACAAAAGAGAUCGUUAAAAGAGAGAGUCACCAUAAAAUGGGCAAUGCAGAGUUUAAAAGUAGGAGAUGCCAUUUUUGUCAUGGAUCCAUUACUAAGGAGGAGUCCUGGAUCAACCAUGGCAAUGGAGAAGGUGCUUAAGUUAGCACGCCACUGCCUGGCACCUUCAAAACAAUCAAGGCCUUCCAUGAAGGACUGCAGUGAAGUGCUUUGGGGAAUUCGAAAAGACUUGAGAGGUGGUUCAUCUUCUUCUGCUUUCAUUUCUCACCAAUCUGCUGACUUUCCUCGGAGAAAUGAAAAAAAGAGUCGAGAAGCAGCAUUUGGUAUUGAAGAUGAUGGGGGCUAUAAAUUCAUUUCUGCAUGAAGCGGUAAUUUAUGGGAUUUGCUUGUCGAUUCUCUUCUGUAAAUUUCUCGUGAGGAAAAAAGAGAACCCGAAUCCUACGCAUAAUAUUCAUGCUGAUAGCCGAUAGGCAUGAAAUAUAGAUGAACCUUCCCCCCCCCCCCUGAAAAGGAACCGCCAAGACCUCUUGUGGGAGAGGGACAUGAGUGUCAGUUAGGCCGUGUUAAGUGGAUGGUCUCUCCACGUCGGAUACCCCAUAGUAAUAUUUAACAGGUUGUAUAGAAUCCAAAUUCUUGAACUGAGUGGUUGUGCCUUUGACAUUUGCAAUCUCUUUGGCAUCAGUAACCUCACUAUAAGCUAAUUUUGUUGAA